AUGACAACCUUUCAAGUGGUAUGUGUCUCAAUGGCCUAUAACGUUAUUCUGGGAAGACCACUCCUGAACAAGAUCAAAGUCAUUGUGUCUACCUUCUACCUAGCCAUGAAGUUUUCAAUAAGUAAUGGCGUUGUGGUCGUGCAUGGAGACCAGACAGCUGCUAGACAAUGCUAUGUUGCCAGCAUUCGUGAAAUAAAUAACGACGUCAUGCAAAUCUCGAGGAUGGAUCCCGAGGACGGGCAACAAGUCAAACUUGCUCCUGUCGAAGAAUUGAUGGAAAUCGAGCUCGAGCAUAAUAAGAAGGUAACGAUUGGUCGGGAUCUUGACGCUACCCUAAAGACAAAACUUAUUGGUUGCUUAUCUCGCAACAUUAACAUUUUAGCCUGGAAGGUUGAGGAUAUGUCAGGGAUAGACCCCAAAAUUGCAGUCCACAAGCUUAACAUUAGCCCAGGGGCCAGACCAGUAAAGCAGAAGAAAAGACAGUUUGCCUAUCAAAUCCUCGUGGCCGAGGAAGAUCAAGAAAAGAAGUCAUUCAUGGCCGAUUCCGUCAUAUACUAUUAUAAGGUCAUGCCUUUCGGUUUGAAGAAUGCAGGGGCAACAUACCAAAGGCUCAUCAACAAAGUCUUUGCUAACUUGAUUGAAAGGAAUGUGGAGGUGUACACUGAUGAUAUGGUGGUCAAGAGCAAACAGAUGGACCAGCAUAUUUCCGAUCUUGAAGAGGUUUUUGACACCUUGCGAAAGUACAGAAUGAAGUUGAACCCCGCAAAAUGUGCAUUUGGCGUAGCCUCGGGCAAGUUCUUGGGCUUUAUGAUCACUCACCGAGGGAUAGAAGCUAACCCUGACAAAAUACAAGCCUUGGCAUCUAUGGAAUCACCAAGGAACAAGAAAGAGGUACAAAGGUUGACUGGUAUGAUAGCAGCCUUAAACAGGUUCACGUCCCGAGUAUCAGACAGGUGCUAUCCCUUCUUCAAAGUCCUUAGAGGAACCCAAGGCUUUGGUUGGAGUGAAGACUGUGAGAAAGCUUUUCAGGAGCUCAAGCAAACAUUGGCAUCUCUUCCUAUUCUCACUAGGCCUGAGCCUGGUGACACCUUAUUUUUGUACUUGGUCGUAUCUCAAAAAGCGGUCAGCAGGGUCUUGGUGAAAGAGGUUAACAGAGUCCAACAACCUAUCUACUAUGUAAGCAAGGUCCUAUUAGAUGCGGAAACAAGGUAUACUUUGGCGGAACAACUUGCCCUUGCCUUGGUUAUAGUAGCAAGAAAAUUCCGGCAGUAUUUCCAGUCUCACCCUAUUGUGGUGCUCACUAAUCAACCACUUAGGCAUAUACUUCAGAAGUCGGACGUCUCAGGAAGACUGAUGAAAUGGGCGAUCAAGCUUGGAGAAUUUGACAUCGAAUUCAAAUCAUGCCCAUCUAUCAAAGCCCAAGCACUAGCCGACUUCAUUGCAGAACUAACCCCUAGGCCUCGGGGGCUAGGGGUUAUCAUCAUCAACCCUGACAAACAUACGGAGAUUCAAUGCACUCUUAGGUUCGAGUUUGAAGAAACCAAUAACGAGGCCGAGUAUGAGGCCGUCGUUAUUGCCCUGGAGCUAGACCUUAGCCUUGAGCUCGAGUUCGUGAAGGUAUUCAGCGAUUCACAACUGGUGGUUGGACAGAUUGAAGGAUCAUUUGAAAGGAAAGACGAGAAAAUGAGUUUGUACUGCAUGAAGGUUCGGGAUCUUCAACGAAAAUUCAAGAGUUGUGAAAUUGCAAAAGUUGCUCGAAAGGACAACGGAAAAGCCGACGCACUAUCCAGGCUUGUGUUCAUGGGGAUAGAUUGCCUGGACAGAACAGUUCACAUCAAAGUCAUCACAAAACCCAGCAUCAAUCAAAUCCCCGACGUCAUGGACAUUGACAAUGAACCGUCUUCGAUGGAACCAAUCAUAGAAUUCAUCACAAGUGGAAAUCUACCAAGCGAUGCCAGGUUGGCUAGAAGCAUCAGAGCUCGAGCUCCUAGGUACUGCAUGAUCAGCGGUGUCCUCUUUCGCAGAAGUAUUACUCUUCCAUACCUAAGGUGCCUUAGACCAUCAGAAUCAUCCCAGGCCCUUGCUGAAGUUCGUGAAGGUGUGUGCGGGAAUCAUCAAGGAGCGAGGGCCCUGUCCUAUAAACUCAUACGAUAUGGGUACUAUUGGCCAACUAUGAAGAAAGACGCCUCAGAAUAUGUUAAGAGAUGUGAUAGGUGCCAGAGGUUUGGUAAUGUUAUACACUCACCAGCCGAAGACCUCACCAACAUUAAUUGUUCGGCCCCGUUUGAACAAUGGGGAGUUGACAUCCUCGGCCCCUUUCCUGUGGCAAGAGGUCAAUUAAAGUUUGUUGCUGUAGCAGUUGAGUAUUUCACAAAAUGGGCAGAAGCCGAACCUCUCACCACGAUAUCGGAGCCCAAGCUAAGAGCCUUCACUUGGAGGUCUAUCAUUUGCAGGUUUGGGAUACCGAAGGUCCUCAUCACCAAUAAUGACAGGCAAUUUGACAAUCAACAGUUUAGGGACUUUUGCUCAAACCUUGGGAUUGAUCACUGUCUGACUUCAGUUUCGCAUCCUCAGAGCAAUGGUCUAGCCGAGGUAACAAAUCGAAUCACAUUAUAA